AACAAGAAGACGCGCAUCAUCCCGCGCCACCUGCAGCUGGCCAUCCGCAACGACGAGGAGCUCAACAAGCUGCUGGGCAAGGUGACGAUCGCGCAGGGCGGCGUGCUGCCCAACAUCCAGGCCGUGCUGCUGCCCAAGAAGACUGAGAGCCACCACAAGGCCAAGGGCAAGUGAAGAGCUGAGUUGCUCUACAAUGAUAUGAAUUCCCGGAAAACAAAGGCUCUUUUUAGAGCCACCCACGUAGUCAUUAAAAGGGCUCACAAUAGGUACAAUAAGUAAUUUUUCGUACUUUCUUAUUCGUGGGGUAAAAUUUAUUAGAAGUAUGGCAUAACAGGAACGUAAUCCUAAUUCUCAGGCUAGUUUAUCAGGCAAUUGCAGCUCAUUACUGCAAUCUUUCUUCAGAGGUGGAAAAUCACAAGGUCUGGUAAUGGAAAGAAUGAAUAGUCACUGAGAUGCAAAUAUAGUUAGUGACCUAAGGAGUUUUAGGCCUGUAAGUAGUCAGUAAUACCUUUGAAAGAGAAUUUUGCAUGUUACUGUGGCCAUGUUUACCCAAAAGGCUUAUACAUGCUUUUAAUAAACAUUCUCCAUUUACACAUCCUGGCCCUCAAUUGUAAAUAAAAACAUAAAACCACAUUUGUUGAAGUCAAGUGGCCCUUAAUCAGAACUGCUCAACCUGACUUUGAAAGGACAUAUGUUCUCCAGGCUAUCCAUAACUGGAUAUAUUUUUUCAAAACGUUUACAGAAAUAAUGAUGCCUUGGGUUUAUGUGUGCUCUUAUAUCAGAACGCUAUAUUUUCAUUGAAAGUGCUUAUGUAUUUUAACUUAGCAUUGCUCAUUUAUAUUGAACGGUCAUACUACGUUUAGAACACGUUUCCGAGUUACCAGUUUACAAGUCAAUAUUUUUGCUGUGAGCUUAAGCUCUUUUCAUAAAAGGGGAGUGAAAAUCACUGGGCCAAUAAUGUCUUACGAGUUUUCAAAGAAAAGAUGAAACAAAAUCCAACUUUUGGGGCCCCGAUUUUAAAAUUUUCUUUUGUAAGCAAUCUAUUAUCACUGUAAUGACCAGGUAAAAUUCUCCCAAACUCAGUGAAGGAACCUGUGAAACAAAUGGCAUGAGGACGCCACAAGGAACAAGUUAGAAAACAGCAGUUAAAAGAGAAGGACUAGAGAAAUAUGUUAAUUUUUGUUUGUUUGUUUAAAUGCUAGCAAUGGUUAAGUGAUCCGGAAGCAAAAAGAGCCACCAAUGCUUGUGUUCGGAGCUGCAAGGUAACAGUUGCGUGGUCCAAUCAGAAUGAGACUCUCUUGAUAUAUACAUGACAUCAAAAAUGGCAAAGAUAUAUACACACCCUUAGCUUUUGUGAGGCUCCAUUUUCUUAUCAGCCUCUUGUCUUACUGCGUUUAUAAUGGCUCGCACGAAGCAGACGGCUCGUAAGUCCACCGGCGGCAAAGCCCCGCGCAAGCAGCUGGCCACUAAGGCUGCUCGCAAGAGCGCGCCGGCCACCGGCGGCGUGAAGAAGCCUCACCGCUACCGGCCCGGCACCGUGGCGCUGCGCGAGAUCCGGCGCUACCAGAAGUCCACCGAGCUGCUAAUCCGCAAGCUGCCCUUCCAGCGCCUGGUGCGCGAGAUCGCGCAGGACUUUAAGACCGACCUGCGCUUCCAGAGCUCGGCUGUCAUGGCGCUGCAGGAGGCAUCUGAGGCCUACCUGGUGGGUCUGUUCGAGGACACCAACCUGUGUGCCAUCCACGCCAAGCGUGUCACUAUCAUGCCCAAGGACAUCCAGCUGGCGCGCCGCAUCCGCGGUGAGAGGGCUUAAAGAUUUGU